AAUCAUUCUGCUCUGGCUCUUGCUCUUGCUCUAGUUGUGGUUGCAGCCUCCUCCUCCAUCUGUGGAUCGCAACAUAAUCUCUGUAAAUUUUGAUUUGUGAAGGCGGUGGAUGGCAAAAAACAACAAGUUCACCGCCAUCAACUUCAACCACAUUUACGACAAAACAACCUCUUCCAACCAUCAAACGCCCAAAACCGCCGCCCCUUCUUCUCUCCCCUCCUCCUCCCCUUCCUUCUCCGCUUCAUAUUCUUCUGUCUCUGCUCCUAACAAACCCCAUGGCCGGAUCCUCGUCCUGACCCGACCCACACCCAAGCCCAUCACUCCACCCACACAACUCCCCUCCAAACAACCCCAACCCACCCCCAUCCAAACCGUUCCCGAUCAACCACCCUCCGACGCGAUAUCUCUUCGUCCCCAGGGCCGAACCGGAUCCGGACCGGUUCUCUCGGGCCCCAACCUCAAGGACAGGGCGGUGCACGUGGAGUCGCCGCCUCCGCUGAUAUCUCCGAAGCCCGACAAGUUUGUGCCGCCGCACCUUCGGCCCGGGUACGUGCCAAAGGUGGAGGAGGUGCCGCCUGGGCCGGAGAUGGGCCGGGGCAGGGAUUUGAACUAUAGGAGGGGUGCACAUGUCGGGUCGCCGGGCAAGUAUGGGGAAGAUGGGCGGCCCAAGUCUGGCGGAUACGAGAGGAUUAGGAGGGCUGGCGGGUCGGAUGCCGGGUUGAUGGGCCGCCCGAGAUCAUCCAGUGGGAGUCGACCUAGUUCAAGUGGAUGACAGGUUAUGUUUCGAAUUAUUUUCCUGAGGACGAAGAUAAAUGCACUUGAAAGGGUUCUUCUCUCUGCCAAUUCACUGCAUGCAUCAUAUGAUGUAUCCUUUGUCCCUCUGGAACUGACAUCACUUCUCACAACAUGAAAUAGGUGACUACUCAUGUGAAGAUGAUUAGAAUAGUCUUUACGUGAAAAUAAUAGCUAAGAUGUGGACACGUGUUAUGGCAGACAAUUUAGUUAACCAUAUCAAAUCAUCUAAUAGCUUUUGAAUGUUAUCUUCAGAUGAAGAUUAUUUUAACCAUUUUCAUGUGAGUAGUUGGGAAAAUCUCAAAUCAAUGAAGAACAAUACCUGACCAUGUGGUAGCUUUUCAACACAUAUCUACGGAGUUUAUAACUAGAUUUGUUUGUGCUAAGGAAGAGGCUUUAACACCCAAGUUAUUCAUUUUGUUGGUGUGAAAUUGGCCCUUUCUUAACACCUCCCAAUAGAUUGUAGAAUCAACAUACAUAUGUAUUUGUUUUUCUUUCCAGCUAAACUCUUUAAAGGGCAUGUUUUUAUACUUUGAUCAUAUGUUGUUUGAGAGGAGAUUCAAUCGUUGAUUUUGGUUGUAGCAAUUUGUUUCUUAA